CUCAAAAUUCAAAACUAGGAACCAAAAUGGCGGAAAUUGAUCAGGUGAUCAAUAUUGCCCAAUCAACGUAAGCUAAACGUAUAACAAUAGAUGUUCCAACUCUUACAAAUAGAGGGCUAUGGUAGCUAUACACUUCGUAAAUAUUGCUCACAUCCGCAUUUGAGUAAAUAACGAUAUCAAAAAAGAGUAGGAGAGCGGUUUCUGUGUACUUGAAUAAAGCAGAUUAAUGUAACAGCUGAAACGUGCGUGUGACAUUGCGUGGGCAAGAUACAUUUAAAAUUGCGUAGACAAGGAUAUUGGUCUUUAGCGUAGCUACACACUUCGUUAAAAUUGCUCACAUCCGCAUUUGUGGUAGCUUUCGAAUGAAAGGAGGAAGGUAUUACACGCUUUCUCAUAACAUUGUUAUUGAAACAUUGUGAAAGCUGGAAUACAAUAUGACCUUAAUGACCAUGAGAUUCGAUCUGUAGCAGUACUAGUGGGAAGUAUCUUUGCUUGUUUGAUACAAGGUGCGACUGGAUUUUUCAUAAAACAUGUUGAUACUGGAAAGUGUAUUUAUGACGUUGGAAAAAUUUUGUUAACAUAUCAACAUGGAAGUCGACUUUCUAGAGAAAGAAGCCAGCGUUUUGUGGAAAUUUCAGACAAUUGUUUUGAUCAAGCAUCUCAGUUGAACUUUCGAGACACUGGCGCAAUAUUGAAAAUAAAUAUAUACCAGGUUGCCUUCAAGCCGUGGACAGAUGGGUAAAUAUUGAGGGUACUCUUCAUUUGUUAGUUAUUCACUCUGAUAAGCAAAACAUUAUUGGCGAUCUUUGUUCUGACAACAACGCUGUAACCCAAACCUCUUGGGGAGGAUUAGCACUUAAGUUUUGGAGAACAAACCAAUUGCUAUGUUUAGUACCUGCUACAUCUAAUGAAUUUAAAAACAAGUAUGGAGUUGAUCCGUAUUUGAAAACAACAGAUUGUAAUGAAGGAACAGAAAAACGAUUUCAUUUUGGGUCAGUGGCAUGUACUGGACAAAAGAUAGCGAACGCUAGUUGUUCUAGUAAUCAAUAUAUGGUAAUAAAAGUGGCUGAAUAUCGUGGAUUGAGUAACGGAAGCUCUUGUGGCUCAAGUUAUGAUUACAGUUGUAGUUUUAAUGUCACAUGCGACCUUAAAAAUUAUUGUGAUGGUGAAACAGAAUGUACGAUAACUGUUGAUGAUAAUCAUUUUCCUUCGAAUAUUUGUCCUGGUUUGGAGAAAUAUCUUUACUUUGAAUAUCAAUGUAACGACACAAGUAUGCCAUACAGAAAAAUUGGUCAUCUACCUGAUGGUCCUCCUUUGAAUGUCACAAUGUACGCAAUCGGCAAUACAUCAUUGUUUGUCACGUGGAAGCCACCUGAUGUAACCAAAAGGAACGGAAAGAUAGUCAGUUACACUGUUUGUGUUAAACAAUGUGGUGGUGUCACGUGCUCAAAAAACUAUACUACUGAGGAACAACAUUUGGAAAUAAAUCAUUUAAAACCAGCGACAAAAUACUGUGUGCGCGUUUUAGCGUCUACAAAAGUGGGUCCUGGAAUUUACAGCAAAUUGAAGUUUGCGUUCUCAAACGGACUUGCACCGGAACAGCCCAGAAUUCAGACAGCGUAUUCACUGACUUAUUUGUUGCGAAUCCCCUCAAUGAAAUAUCAAUAUUUUUAUGUGGUAGCAAUGGAGCAUGACAAAAAAGAAAGUCGGUUGCCUUCAGAAUUCAAAAAUGAUGACUUAGUGAGUUACUCUGAGGCCAUAUCAUCCGCACAACCAAAGCCUUAUAUUGCUGCAGUAAUUUUUCCCAUUAGAAAAAACACGUCAUUGUUCACACUCGGUGAUGUUGCAAACACAGUUGUUAUAAGAAGACGCCGCUCUGAUGGUAGAAAACACCAAAAUGGCCCUCUGAAGCCAGGCACUAGUUACAAAAUUUUCCAGCGAGUUUUCGUAGAUGAUCAGGUUUCUUUUUAUUCUACUGACUGGAGCCCUCCUGCAAAAACACUAGAAAACGCAGACAUCCCAGCCACGACAAAAUGGUACAUCAUUUUGGUUGCCGUCAUUUCAGGAAUCAUUCUCAUCAUUGUUUUGUGUUCAAUUAUUCUACUUUAUCGUCGACGUUUUGUAUUGAACAACAAAAAUAAACAAAAUGAACAACUUCAGUCCCCUGGAAUAGAGAGCACAGACGUAAGCAAUGGAGCCUAUGAAGAAAUGAAGUUAUCUGACAUAUCUAAAAGAAACGAUAAUGAGGCUUUGACAGACCGUGAUGACUUAAAUUAUCAAAAAUUAGACGUACCAAAAAUGGACAGGGAAGAAAAUUAUCAGUCUUUAAUGGAUAUGCCUUACGUCAAUAUCAAAGAUAAAACGUAUCAAGACUGAAGAAAGUUCACAUAUGUACCAUUUCUCAUGUAAUGAAUGAAAAAUAAUAAAAGUGAACUUUUAUAUGGCAUGUAACUUAUGUUAAGUGUCAAAGACAUGUAUCACCAGCUUUAAAAUUAGCGAAGGUCUCAUGUUUCCACUGUUCUAAAAAGCCUUCUUUUCGCUAUGCUAACUGCACAAAUUGCUCUCUUUUUUUGAAUCUCUUCACUAUUUAUAGAAGCGAUAGAGUUCAUGAACAAUCAGCUUUGUCAAACAUGAAUUAAGAAAUGAUAAUGAGUCAUUAACAGUAACUGCUAAUGCAAGGUAUUAAGAAAUGAAUACAGAAGAUGAUUAUCAAUCUUUAAUGGAGGAUGAUAACGAUUUGUCUUAUGCAAGUGUGAAAAAAAUUGAUGACAAUAAAUGGUGAAAUGCAUUAGAUAGAUACACUAUCAACAAUAAAUGAGAUGAGGAAGGAAAGUGAAAUGACAAAGAAUGGAUUAACAUGAGAGAAUUUUUUAGUUUAUAGUGUAUCAAAAACAAUGAUUUUUGCUAAUUCGUUUACGAUAUUCAUUCUAUGGUGUGAAGCUCAACAGAAUCUGAGGAAUUUAUUAAUUACAUAUGUAAUGAAGAUGUAUUAAAAGAUGCUUUUAAAAGAA